AUGGGAGACUACAGUCAAGUGAUGCAUGAAGAGGCGCUUGUAGCGCGCAUUCUAUGUUCGUCAAAACAAACCCGACGUUGCUCUACCACACAGCUAACCUAUCUCAAAGCCCAGGCCCGCGCUAUCUACGGCCCCAAGUACCCCCAUGGAUCCACCUUCGAUGUCAUCUACAGCGGCAAUACAUCUGCAGGCAAUGACCUUGUCGCAUGGCUCAUCGUUUACCCGAUGCCAGAUAUGGCUGCCUUCAAGACUGGAAAAGCUGUAUCGAACGAGUGGACUCCAGUUCUAAAGUCGCGGCGCAUAGGCGAAAAGGGAACUGGCUCCACCCUUCAGCAAGGCUACCAGGAUCUUCUGAGGAAGCUGCGUAUUAUGAUGGUCGAGACUAUGGUUUCCAUGGAGAAGACAGAGGAGGCAGAGAAGUUAAAGAAGGACGACAUCAGCACUGAUAAGUAA